AUCUUGAACUCUAGUCUAUUGAAUCUGGUCUACAACCAUACAACCCUACAGAAAUCUACUUUCCCCAUCAACAACCAUGAGGUUCCUCACCAGAGUCCUUAUCUCUCUCUCUCUAUGCUGUUCUGCUAUACUGGAGUAGGAGCAGCAACCACUCGUCCGAAAACCGUCGAACUCGCCUUGAUGAGCAGCGUUGGCAAUACAGAGGGAAUCCAGUACUUCGUCAACCUCACCGUCGGCACCCCUGGACAACCUCAGACACUGCUCAUCGAUACUGGAAGCAGCGAAACCUUUUUCUUUGCAUCCAACGCAUCUCUGUAUAACAGUUCUUCUGACUAUGUGGAUAGUACCUUCAAUUCGUCCAAGUCCUCAACAUUUGAGAUGAUCGACUCCGGAGCUUUCCACGCGAGUUUUAUGUUGGGAAGUGUCUGGUUCAAAGGCGAUUAUGUCAGAGAUGCUGUCCAGCUAAGUAUCGAUCUUAUGGUUCAGAAACUUACAUUUGGACUUGCCAACAAACUGAAGGAGCGCUUUAAGCCUUAUACAGGAAUUAUGGGUCUCGCCUAUUCGAGCAACAUCCAUCUAACAAGGCAUCACAAGAUGGAAUUACCGCCAACCUUCGUGGAAGGGCUUGUGCAAGCUGGUGUCAUCUCUUCACGCCUCUACAGUAUCUACCUUAAUACACUGGACCAAUAUGGCUCGAUCUUGUUUGGUGGAAUCGACACCAAGAAAUACGAGGGCCAACUGACCACACUUAAUAUGCGGCCUUCACGCAAAACAGGGAAGGUCGAUAACAUCAAUCUGUAUCUCGAGGAAGUCAAGAUGAAACCUUAUAAUGAAUCAUAUCAGCCCAUUGUCCGCUCCACCAGCGACAAGAAGUUCGAGACUCUGAUAGACACGGGAACUCCUGAUUGGCAAUUGCCAUUCGACGCAUGGCGCCAGGUCGUUAGAUAUGCAAGGGCUGAGCCUUCAAAAGGUAUCUGGCCCGGGGUUCCUGAAGGAUUCUUUGUUAAAGCUUGCAGUGAAGUGGCUCGCGGCAUCGCCAACACAACCCACUUUGAGGUAACCUUUGCUGGCAACGGAAGUAAUACGGCCGUACUGCGGCUUGAACUAGCUGAUCUGUUCUCCCCAAUCACGACAGGAGAUGGAAGUGCGGCGACUGAUGGUUCCGGUCGACCAAUGUGUUGGCUACGAAUUAUGCCAUCGCUUGGACCCGACUAUACCACAUCAAGUUCAGUCAUACGAGCUGGAUACUGGGUGUUCGAUCUAGACAAUGGUCAAGUGUCUUUGGCACAAGCCAACCUUGGAGCGAAUUCGUCAAACGUGGUUCAGGUCGAUGCUGGUCCAGAUGGCUUGCGCAAGGCCGUGAACAACCACCUCAAAGCUGAGAUUCAAACGAACAAAGUCGAGGGUCAAAUGUCAGCUUUGGCGACUUAUGAACUGUCGACUGCUACCAACACAGUUGGCUAUGCUACAGGCGCAGAGUCCUACCCAACACCUACAGGUACUGGAAUCCCGUCUCAUAGUGGAAGCAAGGUACAUGUACGUCGCUAUGAAAGUGUAGCAGCUGCUGCCAUGGUGAAACUUGAGGCUUCUGGUGCGUGGGUUCUGUGUGUCGCUGUUGUUGUGAUGGCAGCAACUCUGGCAAUUUAG